GCCAAAAUGGCUCGCGGAGUUUGUAAACACGGGGUGGGCGGGACACUUUCACCGUAAACGAGACUCAAGGAAAUAAUGUCAGUCCGGAGGAGUCAGUCGACAUUUAGUUACUACAAGGGCGAGAGAAACAACUAAUUAACUAUUAAAUAUAUUCUUCGUGUCGACAACCGACGGGUGGCACCUUAUGACGGAAGGAUGUCUCAGUGGGAGAAGCUCCUGCAGAUGCCUCGGGCUUUCACUCAGCAGUUACAAGACCUCUACGACAGGGAAGGGCUGCCCAUGGAUGUCCGACAGUACCUGUCUGCCUGGAUUGAAUCACAGGAAUGGGAGCGAGCAGCAAGCGACUACAACUUGGCCAUGGUUUUGUUCCAAGGCCUGCUAGAGAAUCUAGAUACCCGGUACAGUCGCUUUGUACAAGAGAAGUCUUUCUUGAAGCAGCACAACAUUCGACGCUAUAAACAGAACUUUCAGAAGCACCAGGAAAACCCUUGUGAAUUGGCCAAAAACGUCUGGUGGUUUCUGAAAGAGGAGAAAGAUAUCUUGCAGACGGCGGAUCUGGCUAUGCAGGUGGAGUCUUUGCAAGUAGAACAAGAAGGCAUUGAGACCAACACCCAGCGAGACCUUGACCGUAGAAUGGCCAGCCUUAAAAAUGAAGUGCAGUGUAUGGAACAUAAAAUGGUGUGUCUGGAGGAGCAGCAGGACGAGUUUCAUUUUAAAUGUGAAAUAUACCAGAUGGAGGGAAAAGCAGCCACGGCAGACAACAUGGAGCAAGGCAAAAUUCAAUUGCUAAUCAACAAACUCAACGUAUCCCGAAAGGACACGCUGUGCGGCCUUAAUAAAACCCUGAAAAUAGCAGGGGACCUGAUCGACGCCUUGGUGAACAAGGAGAUAGUGCAAUGGCAGAGGAGGCAGCAGAAAGCCUGCAUAGGAGCUCCAGACAGCGUUUGCCUGGACCAACUUGAGAAAUGGUUCACUUGUGUGGCAGAAUGUCUCUUCCAGGUACGUGAGUUCCUCUUUAAGCUGCAGGAGCUGGUUGAAAAGGUGUCCUAUGUAAAUGACCCUGUGAAGGAGCAGAAACCUUUUCUGCAAAGCAAGGCUGAAAAACUCCUGCGAAAGUUGCUCACAAGUUCCUUCGUAGUUGAAGUCCAGCCAUCCAUGCCUCAGGGUAAAGGCCCCCUGGUUCUGCGCACAGGUGUACAAUUCUCUGUUAAGACAAGACUCUUAGUUAAGUUUCCUGAGCUGAAACAUUCCAUGGAGGUCCACACAUCAAUCGGUGCACUGAAGAUAAAAGGAUGUCGUCAUUUCAACGUCCUCGGCACCGUAACCAAAGCCUUGAGCAUGUCAGAGAGUCAGAGCGGCGGAAUGGUGGCAGACUUCAGGCACCUCACUUUGAAGGAGCAGAAGUCAGGAGGAGGUGGUCGAGGAGCGAGCGAUCUUUCUCUCAGCGUGACAGAAGAAUUGCACAUCAUCUACUUCAACACCACCUUCGAGCUGAAAGGCAUGUCGGUCGACUUGCAGGCCACGUCCCUCCCAGUGGUCAUCAUCUCCAACUCCAGUCAGCUGAAUAGUGCCUGGGCGUCUGUGCUGUGGUUCAACAUGCUCAGCCAGGACCCCAAAGACGUGAUGUUCUUUGCCAACUCCCAAGCAGCCCCUUGGCCAGAGCUUGGACAGAUGCUGAGUUGGCAGUUUCUCUCUGCCGCCAAACGUGGUCUGAAUGAUGAUCAGCUAGAAAUGAUCGCUCUCAAACUUUUUGGAAAGCAACAGAAUUAUAACACCUGCAGUGUAGAUUGGUCCAAAUUUUCAAAGGAAAACAGUCCUGACACGUUCUGGGUGUGGUUUGACAGCAUUGUGGUGAUGGUGAAAACCUAUCUUGAAGACCUGUGGAGGGAUGGCCUGAUCAUGGGCUUUGUAAGCAAGGGCAAAGAAAAGCUACUCCUGAAGAAAAAACGGAGGGGCACCUUCUUGAUCCGCUUCAGUGAGAGCGUCAUCGGUGGAAUCACCUUCUCCUGGGUCGAAAGUACAACUGGUGAUCCUGAAAUCAAGACAAUCCAGCCUUUUACCAAGAAUGACCUCAUCCAGAUUCACUUCCAUGAGAUCAUCCAGAAUUUUCUUAUCUUUGAGGGUGAAAAUGUCCCAGAAAACCCUUUACAAUAUUUAUAUCCCGACACUCCCAGGGAUGAAGCUUUUGGGAAAUACUACACUGACAAGAAUGGAAACGACAACCCUCAUCUCAAGUACAUCCAAACCCGGCUAAUGUUUGUUUCAAAGGGGGACAAACUGGAGCCUGUACCAUACCCGUCGCCAGACAUGACACAGGAGGACCAAGACCCGCAGCCAGACAUGACACAGGAGGACCAAGACCCGCAGCCAAUGAAUGGCGAGUGUGGAGGAGAUGCUGUCAUUUCUUUUCUCACAGGACCACAGAGGGAUUCUCCAGAAGACCUUUUCCUCCAAUAUAUUCAUGACCCCAUGCUGUGCGAGCCUUUGGGCUAUUUUAAUGAGGAUCUGAUGCCGGCCAGCAAGCUCAACCCUUUUAAAUGAACACUUGCUGUGGUGUGUAUUUUCCAUCAAACAUAUGGACAUCGCACUUUUCCACACUGCAGGGGAGCCUAAACAGGUUCAAACUGCUGUUUGGUCCUUUUGUUUCAAGACCAAUCUGACACCCAAGAAACAAAAGUAACAUUUGGAAAUGGUAAAAAAGCCAAUGCACUUUGCGCUGCCAUCUUUUGUGGUUCUCUACUUUAUAGUUUAGUGUAUUUGCAGCCCACGCACCCUAAUAGUUAAAUAUAUGAUGGCAGGAGUUCUUAAACUUUUUGACGCCGAGGCCCAACUUUUUCACUACAUAGUAGAGAUGCGCGGUUUGCGGACACAACCGCGGAGUCCGCGGAUUAUCCGCGGGUCGGGCGGUUGAAAAAAAAAAAAAAAAGAUUUUACCCGCGGGUCGGGCAGUUGAAAUAAAAAAAAAUUAGAUUUUAAAUAGAUUCAGGCGGGUGGCAGUUAAACCAAUUCGGAAAUAUAUAUACAUAGUUAAAUGUUGUUACCCACAUACGAAAAACGAGCAGGCACCUGCAGCAUAUGCCACAACAGAAGAAGAAAAGAAAAAAAGAGAUGGCAACGCCGGCAGCAAACGUGGUACGCGACAAACUAAAAAAGGGAAUACUAAAGACCAGGGGAAAAAAAGGCCAGAAAAGUUCAGCGUGGACUCGUUUUUAUGAGGUUGUAAAUCAGGAUGAUAGUAAUGCUGGCUACGUGAUUUGCAAGAGCUGCGACGCUGUUUAUGUCUACGACAGUCACAAAACCGGGACAUCUAACAUGGUGCAUCACAUUUGUGCAAAACCCCGAACCUCCACAAACACCGUGAGCAUGAGCAGUUUCGUCCGCCCGUGAUCCCAGAAGAGUGCCACAGGAUGUUAAAACAAGAUAGAACGCAGCUGCCUGCAGCAGUUUGAGUGGCGCGAGCGCGCUUGGAGGUGCGCUCAGCGCGGCUCCCAGAUGAUUGCGCACUGGUGUGCGUCUGGGCCAUGACAGCGUGGCACGCAAUGAAUGUAACUGCUACAUUGGAUCAGUCUCCUUUCUUUAACAGGCAAAAGCUUUAUAACCUCACUAAUGCCUUGCAUCGUCUAUAUUAGAUAUAUAACAACGGGCGGGUGCGGAUUUGAUUAAACGUUAGUUCGGGUGGAUGCGGAUGGUUGACGACUUUUGUGAUGCGGUUGCGGAUGAAAUAAUUGCCUAUCCGCGCAUCUCUACUACAUAGGGGCCUAGGUCCCACUUGAAUAUUAAUACUGAAUGAGUAAUCUUACUCUUGAUUUGAAUUGGAUUCAAUGAUUAUAUCCAACCUAUUUACAGUUAUAACCUUGUCAAAUGAUAUGAAAGCAUGGGUUAAUCACAAAUAUUAUUUAUUUAACACAUAAACCUUAGGCUUAGGUCAGGCGGAUUAGACACAUAAAUACUAAAUACAUCUACUGCAUAAGAAGGGACUCAUAAAUAACUGACAAAAAAUAUAUUUACAUACAAUUAUGUUGUGCUAACAUAAACUAAAUGUGUAAUGAAUAGUUUUCUUAAAUACACUGUCAAUCCAAUUGAAGUGCAAAUAAAAAUACAGCUUCACAAUUGUUUGUGCCUAAGAAACUUCUGUAUGACUUUAGUUCCAGACUUCUUCUCUUUGUUUGAUAUUGUCAUCACUGCCACAAGUGGUGGAAAAGUGUAUUACAACUGCGGCCCAUACGGACCACAGCUGAGAAACACAUAUUUUUUAGCGGGGGCUGCAUUGGGCUACAAAAAAAACAACUCACAUAUAUAUAGCUUAUACAUACAUACUCACACACACACA